GUCCCGGCUGCGGUUCCUGGGUGCGAUUUUUUUUUUUUUUUCUUUCCUUUUUUCUUUUUUUUUUUCCCUUUCCUUUUUUGUGAAUGAAAAAAGGAGGUCGCGAGCGGUCCCCGGGACUGCGGCUCUCGGCGUCUCCAGGCAGCGCCCGUGCGGCGCCGGCCUCACCCCGCGCCUCGCACUCCCGCGCGAAAAAAAACGCCCGCAGCCUCCGCAGCACAGCCGGGCGGCGGCGCGGCCCAGCUGCCUGAGGUCGGAGCGACGGCGGCGGCGACGCGCAGCCGGGCUCAGCGCGCCUCCAUGACAUUGGGCGCCCGGGGCGCGGGGAGAUGCUGAUCCGGAAGAGGCAGUGGCUGCAGUGCAGCGCGCGAGGCUGCUCGCGGGCCGCGGGCCGGCCGGGGCUGCUCUGCCAGAGUUUCUGAUCCAGCCGGGCCCCGGAGGCUGGAACCCCAGCGCAGCGCAGCGGCCGCGGCGGCGGCGCCCUAACUUGCACCCGCGGAGUGACCCCAGGCAUCUCACUAAAAUGAGCGUGCUCGGCAGGAAGAGAUGUGUUCCCUACACUAGAAAUUACCCCGUCACAUGUGGUGGUGUCCCAAUUAAUGGAUUCUGACAUGGAUUAUGAAAGGCCAAACGUAGAGACCAUCAAGUGUGUGGUGGUGGGGGACAACGCUGUGGGCAAGACCAGGCUUAUUUGUGCCCGGGCCUGCAAUGCCACCCUCACUCAGUACCAGCUGCUUGCCACCCAUGUGCCCACGGUAUGGGCCAUUGACCAGUAUCGUGUGUGCCAGGAGGUGCUAGAACGCUCCCGAGAUGUGGUAGAUGACGUCAGCGUCUCCCUGCGCCUCUGGGACACCUUUGGAGACCACCAUAAAGAUCGCCGUUUUGCUUAUGGGAGAUCGGAUGUGGUGGUUUUGUGCUUCUCCAUUGCCAACCCCAAUUCCCUCCACCAUGUCAAGACCAUGUGGUACCCAGAAAUCAAGCACUUCUGCCCCCGAGCUCCUGUCAUUCUUGUGGGCUGCCAGCUGGACCUGCGCUAUGCCGACCUGGAGGCUGUCAACAGGGCCAGGAGACCCUUGGCUAGGCCCAUCAAGCCCAAUGAGAUCCUGCCCCCAGAGAAGGGUCGGGAAGUGGCCAAGGAGUUGGGGAUCCCCUACUAUGAGACCAGCGUGGUGGCCCAGUUUGGCAUCAAGGACGUCUUUGACAACGCCAUCCGGGCUGCACUCAUCUCCCGCCGUCACCUGCAGUUCUGGAAGUCGCAUUUGCGGAAUGUGCAACGGCCACUACUGCAGGCGCCCUUCCUGCCCCCCAAGCCACCGCCCCCCAUCAUCGUGGUGCCCGACCCCCCCUCCAGCAGUGAGGAGUGCCCCGCCCACCUCCUGGAAGACCCACUCUGCGCGGAUGUCAUCCUGGUGCUGCAGGAACGGGUGCGCAUCUUUGCCCACAAGAUCUACCUCUCCACCUCCUCCUCCAAGUUCUACGACUUGUUCCUCAUGGACCUGAGUGAGGGAGAGCUGGGAGGCCCCACAGGGCCAGGGGGCCCCCGCCCAGAGGACCACCGGAGUCACCCCGAUCAACACCACCACCAUCACCACCACCACCACGGGCGGGAAUUCCUGCUGCGGGCAGCCAGCUUUGAUGUGUGUGAGAGUGUGGAUGAGGCCGGGGGCUCUGGUCCUGCGGGCCUCCGGGCCUCCACCAGUGAUGGGAUCUUACGGGGUAAUGGAACAGGGUACUUGCCCGGCAGGGGUCGCGUGCUUUCUUCCUGGAGCCGAGCUUUUGUGAGCAUCCAGGAAGAGAUGGCAGAGGAUCCUCUGACCUUCAAAUCCCGGCUGAUGAUGGUGGUGAAGAUGGACAAUUCCAUCCAGCCUGGGCCCUUCCGGGCUGUUCUCAAAUACCUGUACACUGGGGAGCUGGGUGAGAAUGAGCGGGAUCUCAUGCAUAUCGCCCACAUCGCUGAGCUGCUGGAGGUCUUUGAUCUGCGGAUGAUGGUGGCCAACAUUCUCAACAAUGAAGCCUUCAUGAAUCAGGAGAUCACCAAGGCCUUCCAUGUCCGCCGGACCAACCGGGUGAAGGAAUGCUUGGCAAAGGGCACCUUCUCAGAUGUGACCUUCAUCCUGGAUGAUGGGACCAUCAGUGCCCACAAACCCCUGUUGAUUUCCAGCUGUGAUUGGAUGGCUGCCAUGUUUGGGGGACCAUUUGUGGAGAGUUCCACCAGGGAGGUGGUGUUUCCAUACACGAGCAAGAGCUGCAUGAGGGCCGUGCUGGAGUACCUCUACACCGGCAUGUUCACCUCCAGCCCAGACCUGGAUGACAUGAAGCUCAUUAUCUUGGCCAACCGCCUCUGUCUGCCGCACUUGGUCGCUCUCACAGAGCAGUACACCGUGACCGGGCUAAUGGAAGCAACCCAGAUGAUGGUGGACAUCGAUGGGGACGUCCUUGUGUUCCUGGAAUUGGCACAGUUCCACUGUGCAUACCAAUUAGCUGACUGGUGUCUCCAUCACAUCUGCACUAACUACAACAACGUGUGCCGCAAGUUUCCCCGAGACAUGAAGGCCAUGUCCCCAGAAAACCAGGAGUACUUUGAGAAGCAUCGGUGGCCGCCGGUCUGGUACCUGAAAGAAGAGGAUCACUAUCAGCGGGCCCGGAAGGAGCGGGAGAAGGAGGAUUAUCUACACCUACGGCGGCAGCCUAAGCGGAGGUGGCUGUUCUGGAACAGUCCCUCCUCACCGUCCUCCUCUGCAGCAGGCUCAGCGUCCCCAUCCUCCUCCUCGGCCGUGGUCUGAGACGCUGCCACCCUCUUCUGACCCUGCUGCUGUUGUUCCCAUUUGCCCUUGUCCUUCCGCUCUUUUGCAUCACCCCCUCCACCCAAUAGGGGACGGGGGGCUUACCCAACCAGGACCCUAAGGGUGGAGCUGUUCUCACCAGCUAAGGUGGCAGCCCAAGAGGAGCCAGGCCCUACAGAUCAGAGUAGGGUCCACCUACAAUUCCAGGCAGGGCAGGAGACACGAGCCCCGAGGUGGGAAAGAGCUCGGCGCUCUGGCAUUUUCUCUCUGGACUUGAGGACCCUAGAGUCAAUGGGGGAAAACAACCUUGCACAUGGACUUAUCUGUAUGUCUUGAGCUCUGCUUUGGCUGGGGAGGUAGCCUCCUCCCCCAAAGCAGCAAAGGUCCUCUCUUUGCUGGUCAUGAUUUUUCCACCAACAGACUUGACAGUUGCAAAGUAUUUAGGGGGCAUUGCCUUGUGGGCUUACUCAAAUCCUCACUGGAGAAGUCAGGGUAGAAGUGAAGUCUUCAGAGCCCACAUCAAGGUUUCUGUACCAUGAGUUGUGGCUGCUAGUGGGAGCAUGGGGUAGACCAUGUCCUGCCACCAUCCUUCCAGGGCUGCAGAUAGUGCAGGCCUGGUGGUGGGCAGCAGCGUUGUUCAGCACUCCAGGCCUGGAGGCAGUGCCUCUUGGUGCAUUGAUAAACUUCUCCUUCACCCCUCCUGCACACCUCACACUGGCACCAUAGAAAGCAAAGGAAAAAGUUGGGGUGUGGAAGAAGGAAGGGUGGGUUCUGCACUCAGCAAUCCCAUGCUCCUCUGGGCCUCUUCCCCUGCCUCUGGGUAGCACUGCUUUUUAUGGGGUGGGGCAAAAUCAGUGAAAACCAACUCAAAAUUGCCACCACCAAGACCGCUCUAUCCUCUAUUCCCUGAAGAAU